AUGAACCAACAAUCCGAAAUCCCAAUGUUCACCAUCCGCACUUCCUUCAACAAUAAAGCAGCCCUGUCUGAACUGAUAAACGACAUGAAGACCCGCAAGCCUCAAUCCGCCGUCAAGAUUGAAUCGGAACGACGACCACUUGCACCUGACUUUGUUCCUGGACCAUACGAUUGCAUCUGCGCACGAGGAAAAGCCGCUGCCAACCAUCCUGGAAAUGUUCGCUUUCGCAGUAUCAUCCAGCAAUACAAGCCCGUCUACGCCGAAGCCACCACCAAGGUCGAAAAGAGUCUCCUCGUCAGUGAGAUUGUCGAUUCCGUACGAGGCAUGAGUCCCAAUGGUGGCUUUGUCAAGAAGAUUGGCAACCAAUGGUACGAAGUGGGUGACUCGGUCUGCCGCGAAAAGAUUGGGCAAUGCCUCCGUGAUGCCCUCCACACAUCCUACAAGAGCAGCACCAAGGCCAAGAAGAACCGUCGCAAGGAACUUCGUCAAAUGAAGAAGGAAUCCGAGCAGGAACCUCAUCAUCAUCAGCAGCAAACUCUGACUAACAUGCACACCAAUCUCGCCGCUGCAUCUGCCACGCGACUGGAACGAUUGGAUAGCUUUGGAAGCACACCCUUCCCUCUCUUGCCCAUUCCAUUGCAAUCCCAAUCCUCCAUGGCAUUGCUUCGGGAGUUUGCCGCAUCCCACCAUCACCACACAUCUGUCUAA